AUGGCUUCCACCAAGGUGCCGGUCUACUCGACCAAUGAUCUCAAGUCUACAAGCGACGAUGCUCUCCUUCCUUACCUCACCAACCUUCCUGCGCCAUACGCUUUCACUCCAGACUACUCGAAAACAAACAUUCGCUUCCUGCUUGGAUAUAGCGCCGUCGCAAUCGCAGGGUUUACUUUCUACGCAGACCGUACGCUUGGCUGGGAAGCAACUACCUCGCCCUGGAUUAUCGCCGCAGUAGGGACAUACUUUGUCUUGAACAGCAUUCUGACAUACUGGAUUUGGGCUGUUGAGGCUGGCGAGGUAUACUCCGGAAAGAGAAAGACUGGAGAGACGAUAUCUGUCUCAUCAUCAGCCAAAAAGUUCUCCAAGAUUUACAAGCUCCAUGUCACAUAUAAGUCUGCCACUGGGAAAGUUCUCCAGGACAAGCGGUGCGAGGCGCCCUUCACAACUUGGUUCUCGGCAGACGGUGUAUUCCACCCCGAACCUUUCCGUCGCUGGGUGGCCAGCGAGAUUGAUGUUUUGAGAUUGGCGGCGAAGGAGAAUGAAAAGAAGUCGGGCUAA